AUGGCUUCACGCGCCUUCGUCCCGCGCCUCUCCUCCGCUUCCCGAUCAUUCAGAGCUCUCCCUCAAUUCCAAUCACGGUCUUUCCGGUCAACGAGCAGACAGUUCCAGGAAGCUGCCACGGCUGCAGCUGUACCUGUGAAGAGACCAGUGGGAGCUUUCAGAGGAGGGCUGUUUGGAUUCCUGCUCGGCUCGACGCUGGCAGGCGCAUCCGUCUACUAUUACAUUCUCGAGGAAUACAAGGUUUCUAAUGAGCUAUUGACCGAAGACAUCUAUGCACUACAGGCAUCCGUGCAACGGAUCCACUCCUACGUGACGGAACUGGAGAACAAGAUGGGCCAGAUGAAAAAAUGA